AUGUGGGCAUCGCCAGAACCCUACAACCCUAGCACCACACUCGCCAACAAGGCCAACCUCUGGCCUGUGGCCUGGCGGGUGGGUGGCGAAUGUUGCCGCGUAUCCGACAUGCGGAGCAAGCCAUUCACCGAUCGAUCGACCAUGAUGGCAGGCACUGGGACUGGCUCUGCGAGCGCCGCCCUCGUGGAAUGGGGACGGCCUGCCAACCUGUCCCUCUCUGUAUCUUUUAAUCUUCAGCUGAUUAUCCGUACUUCUGGCUCCAAUCCCGCCAUUGCCUACGGCUCGGGGCUUUACGGCUAUUGGGGGAUCAUGAACAGCCUCACUAUGUUGGUAUGGACUCGCCCCCAGUUCGAUGCUGCGCGCAUCGUCAAGGUCGAGUCCGAGGCCAUGAAGAAGAAGGGAGAAAAGGACGGCGGGGCUCAUGUGUCCGGCGUCAACGGGGCUCACUGUAAGCCAUUGGCCGAGCGCGGGGAGAAUGGUUCGGCUUACAGUUCUCGUCCAAACGUCAGUGUCGUGCAAGCGGAGAAGGGAUACACUUAUUACUGGGAGCCUUAUCCGAUAAACGCCCCGUUCCGGCGAAGGAUGGAGUUGGGCCAUCGCUACUGUUCCUCACCCCCACGGCCGAGGUUCCAGGAGCCCUACGAGAGAGUGAAGCUCGAGGAUAUCCCCAAGACGGCCCAGGCGGGCUAUACUCGCCAUGAUACGGCCAAGGAAUAUCUAUACGACAACCUCAAACUCUUUGCUACAUCGUACAUCCUGCUCGACGCUAUGAGCACAUACAUGCCCCUGGACCCCUUCUUCGUUGUUGGCCCGAACACCUUGCCCCUGCCUCACGUUCUUCAAGCUCUCCCGAACCUCCUCGUUGACUUUCUCCGAAACCUCUUGGUGCUAAUUUCAGUUUGGCGCGUUGUUCUUCUUGUAUUGAGCUAUCUCGACAUCCUUCAAUAUUUCAUCGGAGGCUACUUUUACCCCAUUCGAAGGGAGGCCUGGCAACAUCCAUCCGUCUUUGGUUCCUUCACCCCCGUCCUAGACCGGGGCCUUGCCGGUUUCUGGGGUGGAUGGUGGCAUCAGACAUUUCGCAUGCCUUUUACCGCCCCUGUCUCUUGGUUGGUGGCGGAAGGCCAUCUGCCGGCCCGAGCCGAGUUGACGAACAUACUCAAGGUCUUAUCAGCCUUUCUCAACUCUGGCUUGUUGCACGCCUGCGGCUCUUAUACCACCUUUGCGCCCACGAAACUGUACCAUGCUCCUCUCUUUUUUGCCUUUUCGGCUCUUGGCAUCUAUGUUCAGCAAGCCGCUUGCGUUCGGCUUGCUCCGGUGCUAACGCGGCUCCCCAAGGCCGUGCGGCAAUGCGGUAACCUCUUGUUCACGGUACUGUGGCUCUGGGCCACGUGCUGGCCCCUCGCCUACGAUUUUGGCACCGCAGGCCUUUGGCUCUUCGAACCUGUACCAAUUUCCCUGUUCAAGGGUCUCGGGCUCGGCGCCGACGGCGAGUCAUGGUGGAGGUGGCAUGACUACCUCCUCACAUGGCACUCGGGAAAGCACUGGUGGCAGACAGGUCUUGCCCUAGGCGCAUAA